AUGAAUCCUGGCGGUCAGCCGGGCCAGGCGCCCCAAGGUGGACCAGGCAGCAACGCCAACCCGGGCUCUCAGCCAAAUGCCGCUGCUGGAAUCAGGAUGUUUCGACCAGAGCAGAUGCGCAAUAUACCUCAGCUCAGUCCAGAAGUGAAGGUGCGAUACGAGAAUGGGCUGCGCCAGCUGUGGACAGCCCUAUCGGCUGCUGGGCCUGGCUCGCCACAGCAGAGGGAGGCCCAGAAGAAGAUAAUCGACUUUAGUCACCAGCUCAUCAACAAGAUGAAGCAGCGCAUUCCCGGCAACCAGGCCCAGCAAAAUCAGAAUGCGCAAGCUGGCAACAGUCAGAACCAAGGAGCUGCCGAUCCGGCGGCACCUGCCUCAGCGGCCAGUCAACCCAGCCAGACUGCGUCGACUGCCGGGCCAGCAAGUACGCCAGCGCAGUCACAGUCACAGCCGCAGUCACAGGGUCAGCCUCAGCGCCCAGGGUCGUCGAACAUCCACAUCCAGCAGCAUCUAGAAGCCAUGUCAUGGAUACCGCCCCCAGAGGUGGUCGAGCAAGGUCCUGAGAUAGCUGCCAAGUGGUCAGCAACCCAGAAGGAGAAGUACCAGAGGGCAAUGAUGCAGAUGCAAUCGACUACAGAGAGGCUGAAGAGCAACGAGACCCUGGCCAAGUCCUUGCAGCAGAAGGGCACGGCUAUGACUCCGGAGGAGCACAAGAACCUCCAGAAUAUUCAGUCACAGAAGCCGGCGGUCAUCAAGGCAUACCAGGAUGCAAAGCGGUUUGUGGAAGAGUUCCGCAAAGGCCAAGCUGAGCGCAGGGCGGCCAAUCAAUCCUCAAAUUCACAGGCGAGGCCGCAUUCAAAUGGAGGAGUGAAUGCCAAUGCGAAUCCGCCGCCGCGGCCGGGCCCGUCCCCGCAACAGCCUUCUUCCCAACCAAGCGCUGCUGUCGAUGCUGCGAAGAACCAGCAGGCCAACGUCGCUAGUGGAGUGCCAGGUGCGAACGGUCAAACCGGGCAGCAGCAACCUCAACCACAAGCACAGCUGCCAAAGGCUACUAGCUCGGCAGCUCCCCAGGCAUCACCUGUCCCCACAACGCAAGCGGCCCCAGGUCCAGCAUCGCAACCCAUUAAAGUCGAGCCUGGAACUCAGCAGCACCCACAUCCACCACCAGUCAACACAGCCAUCGCGUCUGCAGCAGCCACCGGCCUACCGUCAGCUGGCACACCAACCCAAGCCCGCACACCGCAAACGGCAACUCCAAUCACUGGUGCGCCUCGAUCGCUGUCCCACCAAGCCGCCCUCAGUCUCGCAAACCAGCGCGGCUCGCAGACUGGCACCAUCCCAGGGUCGGCACCCCAGCAGAGCACUCCACAAGGUCCAGGCGGCACUCCUCUGAGCGCACCAGGUGUUAUGGGCACUGUGGUCCCUCAAGCAGCAGGACACCCCCACGCGCAUCCCCAGACACAACAGCCACAGCCUCUUACCCAGAACUCAAAGCUCCCCAUCCCGAAGCAACUACCCGAGAAGGCGGCUGCGCCCCCUCAGCCUGUGUCGCUCAGCGCUGGUGGAGUCACCCCAGGUCGACCAACGUACACAGGUGGCGGCGGCAUAGCCGGAGGCGUUAUGGGCAAUCCGGUCCUUCCCAAGUUGCCCGUGGUCCAGAUGGAGGGCGAGGGUGAGCGCGUCCUCAACCGCAAGAAGCUCGACGACCUCGUCCGUCAGGUCUGCGGUGGACAGGCCGAGGGUCAGGAGGGCAAUGUUCUGACGCCCGAUGUCGAGGAGUCCAUCCUCAACCUUGCCGACUCGUUUGUGGACCGCCUUCUGCACUCGGCCUGCAACAAUGCCAAGCAGCGCGGCUCCAAGGUCCUCGAGAUUCGCGACAUCCAGCUUGUCCUUGAGCGCACCUACAACAUCCGCAUCCCCGGCUACUCCUCGGACGAGCUCCGCACUGUUCGAAAGGUGCUGCCCGCCCAGGGCUGGAUAACCAAGAUGAGCGCCAUCCAGGCUGCGAAGGUCAUGCCGGGCAAGGGCGACCUGUAA